AUGGUGUCCAGUGCCCAUCACCAGCACCACCAGCAGAAUCAGAAUCACCACGGUCCUCACCACCACUUGAAUCCUCACCAUCAGAACCAUCACCAACAGCAACAGCAACAACAACAGCAGCAGCACACGGCCAUGCUCAAUGCCCACACUGCCUCCUUCUACGCUGCAGCGGCGACCAUCAUCGCCCAGCCAACGGUGGGACCGCCAUCAAAUCAGCUGCUGGUGCACCAUCCCGACUACCUUCAACCGAACCUUCAACACCACCCUCAGCAGCAUCACUUUCAGAGUACGAACAACGUGUACGGUGGACCACUGGCAGCCCACAAUAAUAAUAACAACAACAAUGGCAUCAGCGGCGGUCAUAGCCACUCAAACUCGAGCACCGAAUCGAGCACUGGAAGUUCGAGCAGUGGCCUGCCAGGCAGCUCCACCAGCAAUGGCAGCACUGGCAGCAGUGACCCUCUGCCUGACCGUCCCAUUGGCUAUGGAGCAUUUGGCGUUGUCUGGUCUGUAACUGAUCCACGUGAUGGAAAGGUGGUGGCACUGAAGAAGAUUCCCAAUGUCUUUCAGAAUCUCAUCUCCGCUAGGAGGGUCUACCGGGAGAUGAGGAUGCUCUCCUUCUUUAAACACGAAAAUGUUCUCUCUGCCUUAGACAUUCUGCAGCCUCCUAUGAUUAACUUUUUUCAGGAAAUUUACGUCAUCACCGAGCUGAUGCAGAGUGACCUGCACAAGAUUAUCGUCUCUUCGCAGCCGCUGACGACGGACCACAUAAAGGUCUUUCUGUACCAGAUUCUUCGAGGUCUGAAGUACCUUCACUCGGCGAGGAUACUGCACCGUGAUAUUAAACCAGGCAAUCUACUAGUGAACAGCAACUGUUUGCUCAAGAUUUGUGAUUUUGGCCUAGCCCGAGUGGAAGAGCCCGACCGAAGCCGCUGCAUGACCCAGGAGGUGGUGACGCAGUACUACCGAGCGCCGGAGCUGCUCAUGGGCGCCCGCUACUACACCGAGGCCAUCGACAUGUGGUCAGUGGGCUGCAUCUUUGCCGAACUGCUCGGCAGGCGCAUUCUUUUUCAGGCACAAACUCCUAUUAAACAGCUCGAUCUGGUGACUGACCUGCUGGGCACUCCUAUGGCAGAGGACAUGAAGUACGCUUGUUCUGCGGCGAGGACGCACAUUCGUACUCAACCGUACAAGACACCAGCCCUUGCCUCGCUGUACACACUCUCGCAGUACACCACCGCCGAGCCGGUGCACCUUCUCUGUCAGAUGUUGACCUUCAAUCCGGACAAGCGAAUCAGCGCCAGCGGUGCCCUGGCCCACUCGUAUCUGGUUGAGGGCAGGGCCCGGUACCACUCGUGCAUGUGCAAGUGCUGCUACAAUGUGGGCGAUGUUCGGCGGUACGCCGCAGAGCUGGAGCCCACGGCACCGGUUCCCUUUGACAACUCAUUCGAGAAGGAGCUCACCUCUGUGCACAUUGUUAAGGAUCGUCUGCAUAAGGAGAUCAUGUCGAGGUGCAUGUCCUCCAAUCGAGUGCCUCUCUGCAUCAACCCUCUCUCGGCGACUUUUAAGAACUUUGCUAGUUCUAGCGUUGCCCAUCCCUCCGAGCUGCCCCUCGCCUCACUGCUGGGAAUGACCGCGAGCACCCCGGGCGACGGCUGCCUUCUCAGCUAG